CCCUUUAUGCCUGCCUGCACAUAUUGCCUCCAUGCAACCCCAGAAUAACCUGGAUGUGUGACCCAAGGGCAAAAGGGGUAGCGAUUUUGCAGAUUUUCCAAACAGGUGACUUCAGCCCCCCUGGGCCUGGGCAGCAAGGGUUAGCCCAGUGACAAUGGGCAUAGCCCUACAUCAGGAGCGGGAAACAUUUUGGCAGACUCCUCAGAGUCAUCCUCUGAUCCCACAGCGCCUGUUCCAGUUCUCCUGGCCGCUGGGGUAUGGCCGUCAAUGUGUACUCCACAUCCGUGACCAGUGAAAAUCUGAGUCGCCAUGAUAUGCUUGCAUGGGUCAAUGACUCCCUGCACCUCAAUUAUACCAAGAUAGAACAGCUCUGUUCAGGGGCAGCCUACUGCCAGUUCAUGGACAUGCUCUUCCCUGGCUGUGUGCACUUGAGGAAGGUGAAGUUCCAGGCCAAACUAGAGCAUGAAUACAUCCACAACUUCAAGGUGCUGCAAGCAGCUUUCAAGAAGAUGGGUGUUGACAAAAUAAUUCCCGUAGAGAAAUUAGUGAAAGGAAAAUUCCAAGAUAAUUUUGAGUUUAUUCAGUGGUUUAAGAAAUUCUUUGACGCAAACUAUGACGGAAAGGAUUACAACCCUCUGCUGGCGCGGCAGGGCCAGGACGUAGCGCCACCUCCUAACCCAGGUGAUCAGAUCUUCAACAAAUCCAAGAAACUCAUUGGCACAGCAGUUCCACAGAGGACGUCCCCCACAGGCCCCAAAAAUAUGCAGACCUCUGGUCGGCUGAGCAAUGUGGCCCCACCCUGCAUCCUCCGGAAGAAUCCCCCAUCAGCCCGGAAUGGCGGCCAUGAGACUGAUGCCCAGAUUCUUGAACUCAACCAGCAGCUAUUGGAUUUGAAGCUGACCGUGGAUGGGCUGGAGAAGGAGCGCGACUUCUACUUCAGCAAACUUCGAGACAUCGAGCUCAUCUGCCAGGAACACGAAAGUGAGAACAGCCCUGUCAUCUCGGGCAUCAUUGGCAUUCUCUACGCCACUGAGGAAGGAUUUGCACCCCCUGAGGACGAUGAGAUUGAGGAACACCAACAGGAAGACCAGGACGAGUACUGAGGGCGGCUCGAGCCCUGGCUGACUGCACGGCUUCCCGUGCCUCCCUACCCUGCUCCCACCCCACAUUAUAAUCCUUUCCUUACAGCCUGCCGGCCGGCCGGGUGCUUCAUAUCAGGGCCCCAGCACUGGGGAGUCAGGCGAGGAGCGGGGCUCGCGGGGAUGGGGCAGGGGGGCAGGCGGAGGCCCCGUCCUGCCGCCACCGGCCCAGCGGGCGGGGCCUCUGUCCACCCCUCCGUAUCCCUAUUUAUUUCCGUUGUCUCUACGCUGUGUCGGCCAACACCUCCCCGGGGGGGGGGGGGGGGGGGAGGGGAUGCCGCUGCCCCCCCCACUCCAGCCAGCUGCCUGCUCCCCUGACAGCCAGCAGCUGUAUAUUUGACAAAGUCAUUGGUAUAUUUUUACUUACUGGAUUUUUCCUUGCACUUUACCUGUUCUUUUCCCAGGGCUGACAGCACGGGGCUCCAGGGCAGUGUGCCUGGCUUGGCUUCCCUUCCCUGUUGCUGGGAGCUAUGGCAGGACUCACCCGUUCUUAUUUAUUUUGUCUUUUGGCUUCCCAGUAGUUGAGGGGAAGGCUGAUGUCAGGAGAGGGAUAAGGGGACUGAGGGGGGGUAACUUAGGCCCCGGUGGUCAGGGAGAGGGAGGGGAGCAUGUGAGGGAUGCAAAUGACCUCCUGGCACCAGGCUCCCCGACCCUCAGCCCCCGGCCCCCAGCACUGAAGCCCAGCACUGCCCCGAGGCCCCCAGCCACUCCUCCCGCAGCUUGGUUCAUACCACACAGACUCUGCUUGGAUCCUCCUGUUCGUCUGCCUCCCGUGUGCCCUCUUCCCCAACCUCCACCUCCUCGGGCCACCCAGCCUGCAUAUGUGUUCACUUUUAUUUAAAUAAACUUGUGUGGUAAAAGUC